AUGCCAUGCCACUGGAUUAAAUAUAUUAGUAAUACUAUUAUUGUAAAUUGUAAACAACCUAAUAGAAUUAAAAUUAUUAAUGUAGUACCAUAUGGUAACCAAAGUUUUAUAUGCAAAAGAGAAUUUUGUGUAUACUCAGAUAACCCUAUAAAUAAUUUAGCAAUAAAUCAAAUGGUAGCAGAAAAAGAUAAACAUAUUAAAACUACAGGAAGCAAAGAGAUAGAUAUUGAAUCUGUAGACACCACAAAUGACAAAGUAAAAUAUAAAAGAAUAUUAUUAAUAGAAAAAUAUACUAAAUAUGACAAUUUAAGAAAACAAGGAUAUAAAGAUGAUUAUAUUUUAAAAAAUUUCUUUUCAUCAUAUUUAUCUCAUUUUACUCACACUCUUAUUGUUAAUAAUAUAAUUAAUAUAUUAAGGACAAAAUAUAAGAUUCAUGUUUCGAUAAUUAAAGCCUAUAAAAGAAAUAUAGAAUGUAUUUCUAUAAAUAGUUCUAGUAUUUUUUCUCCGGAUGCAAUAUUUAGUGUCGGAGGAGAUGGGACCUACCUAGAGUCCGCACACAUAAUUGCAAACAAAUAUAUUAUCGAUGAAAAUUCGAAUAAUGAAAAUAAUCCGAUUGAGUUGGUUGGUAUAAAUAGUGACCCCAAUUCUUCAGAAGGGAAAUUAUGUUUAAAUUAUGGUCGAUCUAAUUCAAAUGAUGACAUGAAUUAUAGUUAUACGUCUUUUAAUGAAUUUGAAAAAACAUACAAUAAUAACAAUACAAAAAAAAACUUCAUAUUUACAGAUGUUUCAAAUUUUAUUAAUGAGCUUAAAGAAAGGGAACUAAAAAUACGAAGCUCUAUCAAUAACUAUGAGCAGAUAAAUGUGAAGGUAAAAGAAAAUGACGCCAAAAUUGAAGAAGCUAAUGAGUCAAACCAAACAAAGCAAACAUCUAAUGAUGUAAAUAUACUUGAGAAGAUUAUGAAAAAUAAUUUACUGUUUUAUGGUGAUACAACAGAAAAGGAUAGUCCAUCAAAAAAAGGAACAAGUUUGAAUAAUAUUCCAAUUCAGAAUUUUUUAACAAACUGGUGUGAAACUGCUCCGAGUAUUAACAUUAGAAUUGAAGAAUAUGUAAAAACAAUAUUACAUGAUUUUUUUGAAAAACAAAAAUAUAAAAAAAUAUCUAGAAGAUAUAUAACUGUAUAUAUUAAAAAGUCUGAAGAAGAUCAAAUUAAAACUUAUAAAAGUAUUAAUGAAGUAUAUAUACAUGAAGCAGUAAAAAAUAAUAUAUGUACAUAUGUUAAUAUUGAUAAUAAAAUCGUAAAAAAAUUAAAAAGUACUGCUUUAUUAAUUACGAGUGGAACAGGAUCUACUGCAUGGGCAUAUAAUGUACAUAAAAUUGAUAAAAAAAAAAUAAAAAAUAUAAUUGAAGAAUAUUUAAAUAUACAUAAUGAUGAGAUUAAAAAGAAUUUUCAAAAUAUUAAUUAUGAUUUAUUUUCAGAAUAUAUUAAUAAUUCGAUUUGUUUUCAUCCUAGUAGUGAAUACAUGAAAUGCAUAAUUAAAGAGCCUGUUGAAAAUAAUGUAUAUGAUGCAACAGAUCAUCUUUAUAAUUGUAAAUAUCUUGAUAUAAAGACAUAUACUAAUAAUACUAUUGUUUAUAUUGAUGGUAUAUAUAAUAUUAAAAUUCAACCAAAUGAUUCAGUUAUUUUACAUAUAAAAGACGAUGAUUAUAUUGUAAGUUAUAAAUAA